AUGCGCCGCGUCCUCCGGCUGCUCCUCGGCUGCUUCCUCGCUGAGCUGUGCGCCCGCGUGUGCCGGGCGCAGGAGCGGGCGGCGGGGCACGGGCAGCUGGCGCAGCUGGGCGGCGUGCUGCUGCUGACGGGGGGCAACCGCUCCGGGGCCGCCGCCUCCGGGGAGGCGGGCGAGGGUGUCUCGGACGCGCCCCCGACCCGGGCGCCCACGCCGGACUCCUGCCGGGGCUACUUCGAUGUCAUGGGCCAGUGGGACCCGCCGUUCAACUGCAGCUCCGGCGACUUCAUCUUCUGCUGCGGGACUUGUGGCUUCCGGUUCUGCUGCACCUUCAAGAAGCGGCGCCUGAACCAGAGCACCUGCACCAACUACGACACCCCGCUGUGGCUCAACACCGGCAAGCCGCCCGCGCGCAAGGACGACCCCCUGCACGACCCCACCAAGGACAAGACCAACCUCAUCGUGUACAUCAUCUGCGGGGUGGUGGCCGUCAUGGUACUCGUGGGCAUCUUCACCAAGCUAGGGCUGGAGAAGGCGCACCGGCCCCAGAGGGAGCACAUGUCCAGGGCUCUUGCAGACGUCAUGAGGCCGCAGGGCCACUGCAACACCGACCACAUGGAGAGAGACCUCAACAUCGUGGUCCACGUGCAGCAUUAUGAGAACAUGGAUACCAGAACCCCCAUAAAUAAUCUUCACUCUAGCCAGAUGAACAACGCAGUGCCCACUUCCCCGUUGCUGCAGCAGAUGGGCCAUCCGCAUUCAUACCCCAGCCUGGGCCAGAUUUCCAACCCCUAUGAACAGCAGCCUCCUGGCAAAGAGCUCAACAAAUAUGCCUCCUUGAAGGCCGUCGGAAGUUCUGAUGGUGACUGGGCAGUGUCGACACUUAAGUCACCAAAAGCCGACAAGGCCAAUGACGACUUCUACUCCAAGCGCCGGCACCUGUCUGAGCUGGCCGCCAAGGGGAACCUCCCUCUGCACCCCAUGAGAGUGGAGGAUGAGCCGCGGCCCUUCAGCCCCGAGCACGGUCCCGCCAAGCAGAACGGACAAAAGUCUCGCACCAACAAGACAUCCUCACACCCCCUAGCCUACAACUCCAACCCCAACUUCAAGGGCUGGGACACCGGCGAGCAUUCUCUCCGGCGGCAGGCCUACGGCAGCAAGGGCAAGCUGGGCACUGCCGAGUCGAGCUCCAGCGACCCCCUGGGAACUCGCCCCCAGCACUACCCACCCCCACAGCCCUACUUCAUCACCAACAGCAAAACAGAAGUGACUGUCUGA